GCAUUUUAUUUCUGUCUCUUGUGUAAAGCGCAACGUCGAGCGGACACACAGCUACAGUGCCGAGCCGGUCAGAGCAGAGUUUUUUUCCGAUUGAAGCAACAUACAUAAUUACUGCAUGCUUCGAUAUUCGAUUACAUUCGAUUGUCACUUUCGCAAACGAAACGAAAUAUAAAAAAAAACAAAAAAAACCUUUCACUUUAAAACCCAUAGAACGAAACGAACCCAAAGUGCUACCCUACUUACCGCAAAAACAACCAACAGGCGAGCCCCAAAACGAAAAAACGAAAACGAGUUUCCAAUAAGGCAGCCAUAUUCAAUAUCGUAUCGAAUAAGCAUCACUAGGAGGUAUCCAACUAGCACCGUUGGACCCGUUGGAUCGUGGCCUAUAUUCAAAAUAGAUCAUCAGCAGCUGCAGCAAGCUGCAACGGGCUGCAGGCAGAAGAGAGCAGAGCAAUGCAGAGCAGAGCAGCAUCUACCUAGUGCCGCCGCCAUGUGAGAACUUAGUCCAAAGUCUAAGAGAAAAACUAGUUUCCCCAUUUGCGCGCUUAUGCUAAAUAAUAAUAAUAAAUAAGCGAAGUUUGUUGUUGACGGAGUUCGGUGUACGCCAGGGACAAGAGACAGGAGACGAGACACAAGAGACGAGAAACGAAAGAGUGACCCACAAAUACUGGUUUUCUUCUGCGGCCUGCGUGAGAACGUGCAGCAAUGGCCUCAACGGCAGGAACAACGUUAACAACGGUGGUUAAGCGGCCUGGACCGCCAGUACCACCAAGACCUAAAACAGCAACAGCAACAGCAGCAGCAGCAGCAGCAGCAGCAGCAGCAGCAGCAGCAGGCUCUACAGUGACAGCUCCAGCAAAUAUAACUCCUCCAAUCAUACAAAAGAAGCCCACAUUCGUUAGGCAACUGAGUGCUGUGGGACGUACCCUGGUUUAUAAAUCGCCAGCGUUGAGUGUUCAGAAGAAACAGGCUCAAACGCAGACCCCAACAUCGGCGGUGGCUAAAGUCUCGCCAGCAGCAGCAGGAGCAGCAGCAGCCCCAACACCAGCUACCAAGCCACUGAAGCUGCGCAAAGCUCCCGAUGUGCCCACAGCCAAGCCCAGGGACAGGGACCGGGAGAGGGCAUCGAUUAGUCCGGCAGUAGUCGUGACUGUCAAUCGUCACAAAUCGAUGAGUGUGGGUACGGCGAGCGCACACACCACUCCCCUCAAGGAUACUCGCUUAAGCCUUGGCAAGGUGGAUUUCGAGAGAGCUGGCCUCGGGCUGCAGGCCACAUCCCAGCCGCUGCCCAGGCCGCGCAAGAUCGUUCAGUUGCCUGUGGCUACGCUGGAUAUGGAGGAUGUGCCAGCGUUUGUACCGCCACCGUCGUCUACGCCAGCUCCCAGUAUCUUUCGGCGAUCGAAAACCACUUUGGAUACCUUUCAGACGGCCACAACAGCCUCCAACAGUGGGGGAUUCCUCGGUGGCCGGACCGUGGAGAUCAAGAACAAUUUGAAGAAUGCCGCGGAGCGUCUCUUCUCGGAGAUCAUCAUUAACCAGAGUCAAAAGCAAAGCGUGGCCGAUACAACGAUCAUAACCAAACACGAGCGUGCUAUACAACAUCAAGCGGUGCUACAGCAGAACCAGACCUUCCAGACCGUCCAGGCACCACAGACACCGCAGACACCACAGACACCACAGACACCCCAGACAAACUGCAUGCGCAUCAACGUCAAUGGGAACUACGACAAGAUCCUGGUCAACAGUCGCUCGAACACAAACACUGUCAAGAGUUCGAUUAGCGUGGGGAAUACUCCUGAGAAGAAGCAGGCCUUCCACGAGCUGCUCAUUUCCGAGUUGGCUGCUAUGCGCAAUAAGUCCUGCUCUCUGGAGCAGCUUCCCACUAAAUCUUUGUCAUUGGGGCCUGUGGGCACACCCACACCCACACCAACAACAACAUCUACGCCCAGGAAAGUGAUAUCACGUCAUCGCUACAACUCCAUUGAUGAUGCCGAUGAUGCAGAGGACGUGGAUGCAGACAACGUAGAGGAUGCAGACAGUGACGGGGAUGAAGAGCACACACUUACCACCUAUUCGGCCAACAAAUUGGGCAAGGAAAACGCCGAGAUCGAGGCUGAGGGUUCAUCUUCAGGAAGGAAGCGUUGCCCCUCGGGCUGCUCCUCAGACUCGUCCCCGUAUGGGACAGAGCGGUCGCAACGUAUCCGUACCUCAGACUGGAUCGAGGUGGGCGACAAUGGCACACAGGUCACGCUAACCAGUUGCCACAUUAGCCUCGAGGACUCUGGCAUGGAGGAUGAAGAGCGGCUCGACGAUAUGUCCUCAUCGGGCGUUGGCGAUAGCUGGGAUAGCGUCAAGGAAGCAGAGAGCGAAAAGCGUUCUCGCAGCGUAAAACGUGGAAUCUCCAUCAGUGCGCUGCCACCCCUGCCGAAAUCUCUUAUUGGCUUCAACAAACUUCUCGGCUCCGAUUCGGGUCUACUCCUCAGCGAUGGCGAGGCAGUGGAGCCACCGCCGGCGGCCCCGGAGCGUCUCAACAACAACAACAACAACAGUACCAGCAGCAGCAGCGAGACGAGCCAAAAAUAUACGAAUAUAGAUAUCAAUUUGGGCAGUCAACAUAAGAGGGAAACAAAUGAUAAUAACGACAAUAAAAUUGAUAAAUCGACGCCGACGGCAGCGCCUGUAGCAGCGACAGCAGCAGCGACAGCGACACUUGAAAUCAUAACUCCGUCAAAUGUAUGUGCAAACGGAAACACGACCGUCACGACGACAUCAGCAUCCCCUCCAGCAUCAGCAGCAAAAACAAAAGCGACGACGACUGUUUCACCUGCGAAAGAAAGCCCCCAUCUCAAUGCCAGCACUUUGGAUGACCAGAUAGCGACGCUGCGAAAGGAAAUGAACGGACUGCGUCAAUUGGACCUCUCGUUAUUGUCACAACUGUGGGUGCUGAACGAGUCUAUACAAGAGUUUCGCGCCAUGAUCGAGGAGCAAGAGAACGAAGAUGAGGACGAGGAGGAGGGUAUGGGAUUGGGUUCUAAUGAUUUGGAUGUCCAGAGGCAUUCGCCAACGCCUUCAUCGUACGAAUCAGUUAGCUCUGAAGGCGGUGGAGAUGUUGCCUCAGAUGUUGUGUCGUCUGCAACAAAGGCAAAGUGCCUUGGCACCAUACCAAAGGUCAUAACCACACAGCCGAAAAUUAUUAGGGAGCUGAUCUCACAACAGCACCAAGAGCAGCAGCCUGAUGCGAAGCAAAAGCCAGUGCCCAGAAUGCGGAGCGCACCACCUCCGCCCCCACAUUCUGCCCUAGCCCUAGCCACAUCCACAUCUACAUCCAGCAUUGCGGCAACGACAGAGCGAAAACCGACUGCGCCAUCACGACCCACAUGAUGUUACCUCACAGACUUCCUCGCCGGAGUCAGGAUGGUCAUGUGCAAGGCGAUUGUGAACAACGGGCCGCAGUCGUCAUCCUUCUGUAGCGCUGGAUCAUCCCUUGGACUCGGUGUGGCAAGUUUGUCGGACCAGAAACAUUGAUUGGGGGGUGGCUGUCUCAUGCGUAGUUAUAUGCCCUGUAAUUGACGAGAUAACUGAUCAUAGGUUCUUAAACGGGCUAUUUCUCAUCGCAGUAUUUCUUGAAAUCUCGUUGAAAGUCCUAUGAAUAUUUUCGAAACCGACAAAAACAGCUUUUAAGUGAUUUCAAGGCAAUACAAAAAUAAGGCAUAACAUAUUUACUUACCUCAAUACGAGUAUAAUCAAUAUAAUCCAACCAGCCCAACCUAAUCUAAUCUAAUCGGUAGAAUCUUUAAGGCCAAACUAUAGGCUCUCGUGUGGUUAGGUGGGAGGCCUUUGUGAUCUUCAGUUGUAAGUCUAUUGUAAAUCGUUUCGUAUGUAAGCCUCCGGGUUCAGGCAUAGCGGGUUCAACGUUUAAUUCGAUUGUAAUUGUAGCCCUUAAGACGAGCUUAGCUGUCAACAAAAUCAUCUCCCUAAUUUUAUUUGUGUUGCGGUUCAUUUCCCUCGUGCAUUUGACCAAUAACAUUUGUACAUAUGAAUUUCUAUGGCUUACUGCAAAGAAUGUAAUACAUCCUAUAUAAAGAAAAAUAAACCAUCAAAGCAAAACAAA